UCGCUUUACGUAGCGCAUCUGUAUGGACACAAACACAGCGCUGAAAUUUGCGGGCUCUGCUCCUGUGUGUCAGGCAGAUUCAGUAAUUUAUUCUCACACGGUGCAAGUUAAUCUACACGGAGCUCGUCCAGCAGAUUGAAGUGUGUAUGUUUUUAUGACUUUGCAAUCAGCUAGUCAUCAGAGUAAAGGCUUAAUGCAAUGGUUGGAGAUUUGUAUGCUGCUUAGAAUUUCACUAUUCAUUUCCACACAUAACACAUCCAAACAGUAGCCUCAGAGUAAGAGUUGGAUUGGAUGAAUGAGAGAACAUGGCACAGGUAGAGGAGCCUCAGACUGAGGGGGAAGGCAGCCCCCAGAUGGUCUCCUUAAGGUCUGACGUGUCAGGGAGCCAUGCGGAUGAUGGGGAAGUAGGACCCUCCAUGAGGAGGAAGAGGAAGAAGAAGAAAGAUCCACGUCCUGAGUCCUUCAUUGUUUAUCGGUCUGAAAUGGAGAGGGCACCAGGAGAGGACCAAGGAGGAGACGAAGGAGCAGAGAGGAGCACUGAGGAGGGAACUAAAUUCCUCUGCACACCCACAGGCGAAGGCUGGAGUCUUCCUCCAGACAGCCGCUACGUGACCCUGACUGGCACUAUUACGCGUGGAAAGAAGAAGGGUCAGGUGGUGGACAUACACGUCACUUUGACAGAGAAGGAAAUCAGGGAACUCGCCAAGUCGAGGGAGCGUCUUGAUGCAGCAUGCGAAGCGAGCGAAGGCUCCAAGCGCACCUGUAGCUUAGGUGCGUGUCAGGGACCCCAUGUGGUCCUGUGGAGCAUCUCGUGCGCACCUGUGGUUUUCAUCCUCUCGUUCAUCACUUCCUUCUACUACGGCACCCUCACCUGGUACAAUGUCUUCCUGGUGUACAAUGAGGAGCGGACGUUCUGGCACAAGAUAACAAUAUGCCCCUUUCUUAUCAUCUUCUACCCCAUGCUCAUCAUGCCUUUGGCGCUGUCACUGGCUCUGUACUCUGCUGUGGUGCAGGUGUCCUGGGCCUUCAGUGAGUGGUGGCAGGCGGUGCGCGACCUGGAGAAAGGCUUCUGUGGCUGGGCCUGUGGGAAAUUGGGGCUUGAAGACUGUUCGCCAUACAGCAUAGUGGAGUUGCUUGACUCUGACACUGUUUCUGGCACUCUACAGAGCAAGGCACCCAGUGAACUUGCCCAAACGUCAUCAGUGUGAAGUAGUGGGCACUGGGCUCAAGGAGCAUAUUGCUAAUGUGGUCAAAGUUGGGAAUUAUUUGAAUAAUUUGAGUGUCAAAAUGAGCACCACUACUAUCUAUGUUUUUGCUAAUGAAGGGUUUGAGACUUUCCUGAAAGCCACAGGAGUAAGAAAAUUAUCUUUUGAUUAGAAUUUCUUUUCUAAAACUAUUUCAAAAUGUCUCUUUUGUUAAUAAUCACACAGUAAGCACUGCCUGAACUCUCCUUUGGUGCUGAACUGCUAUCACCUAGCAUUAUUGGAGUUGAAGCACUGGAGUAAUUAUUAUGGGACUUUUCUUUUUGAUUACAGGUUUAUUACAGCCUUCACAGAUCACUAAAUAGCCACCAAUAAUUAUGGAACAGCACUCCCACUCAAAGACCUUUUCAAACAUAUGAACCUUGGUUUUCACAGCUAAGGCGUGGACACUGAUAUGCACACACUCCUGAGAGUUUACAUCAACUUUCACUUCAUCUGUAAAUAUCUGCAUUAAGUAUAUAUGAUCACUGUGCUGUUCAAUGCCAUCAAAAAUACCUUCAAAGGCAACACUGUUGUCUUUGUGAAGUAAUCAUAAUCACUUUGAAGGUGGAUUUAGAGUGAGGCUGGCAUAAAAAAAUGGGCAAAGGGGGUGACCGUCCCCUGGCAGUGGUGUGGGUUUACUUUGUGUGAGUUGCUGAUUUUAGUGGAAAUAUACACCAAAGAGCACCAGUGUGAAAAUCUGUCCUUUUAAGGGGCAGCGUGACCAUAAAAAACAGAUUCAUUGUCAUAAAAUUGGACUUUUCCUCCUCUGCCUAUAGCAUGCAACCCCACAGCCAUCAGUCACUACAGAAUGCAUGAAUCUUUUGUUUUGAGCAACAUAUACACCGUAUGGGCAAAAGUAUUGGGUCAUACCACUUGAGUCUUUGAAUUCCAGCACCUAGCAAUGCAAUCUGCCUUCACAAAUAAUUGUGAAUGAGUUGUUGUAAAGAGCUUGCUGAAUUUGAGGUGUGGUGAUAUAAUAGGAAGCCAUCAUUGCAAGAGGACAAUUUGUGAAAUUUCGGCCCUCCUAGAUAUUCCACAAUCAACUGUAAGUAUCAAUGCAAAAUGAAAGCUUUUAGGAACCACUGCCACAGCCAGGUCACAUAUGGGUCACCAAGUGCUGAAGCGCAUAUUGCAGAGGUCCAGACCUCCCCUGGCUUCAAUACAGAAGCACAAAAACUGUGUGUCUGGAGCUUUGUGGCAUGGGUUUUCAUGGCUGAGCGGCUACUGUAGGUGUAGGUGGUCCAGUACUUCGUCCUUUAAUAGUGUAUGUUGUUUAGUGUUUAAAAGACAUGCAUUUAUUUUCUUUAAAAGCCUGGACUUUAGAUGAGCCAUUUUCCGUACAUUUCUUUGGGAUUUUUUUGUUGUAGGUUAAUACACAUUUGGAUGAAGGAAAAUGUUGGCUAAGUGAUGUUUUUGUUGGUGACAACAAUUCCAGUAAAAGACAACUAAAAGUUUUAUUUUUAUGUGUAUAACUGAACAAUAAUUAUCUCAUAGCACUGAAGACCUCCAAGGAGUCUCUUUAGCUUAAUCCACUGCUGAUUAUUUAUUUGCAAGGGAUUUUUAAAAAUUAAAAGUCAUGAUAUGAUCCUUACAUCACACUCUGGGGUAAGAAGAAUUCAGGCCUGUGAGUUUUUGUUGGUUUCUGGACUCUGUACAUAGUCAAGGUAUCUAAACAAUGCAUGGAGAUUGAAAGGAAAGGAGACCAAUACCUCUUUUCUUAUUGAGGGUUAAUUAAGCAGUUACAAAGCCAUAGUGAGAACAAGCUGACAGAUUGUUCUUUUUUUGUUCAUGUUUUCAUACGUUGAACAGCAUUAAA